AUGGAUAAGCUGAUACGUGAGCGUAAGUCGCUAGAACCGCGACUAAAAAGAAUUGAAGAUGUGGUGACAAAGCUUAAGCCAGAGGAUGUCGAAGAAAUUGACAUACAGAGUGAGUUAGAUGCUUUAAGUGAAGUGUGGUCCAUCUAUUGCAUUGUUCACAAGAAGAUAAUGGAUGCUACUGUCGAGGAAGAUAAGUACGAAGAAACAGUGGUGCACCAAGCAAUGUUCGAAGAAAAAUACAUUUCAGUGAAAAACCGUUUGCUGAAGAUCAUGAAGGUAGUUAAAAAUCGUGAAAUUUCUACUAACGGUCAACAAACAACUUCGGAAGAUAUUAUAAAGCAGCUCGCAGAACAACAAGCACAACUCAUUCGUAUGAUGUCUACGAACAUGGCUGCCGGCGGUGCUUCUACUUCAUCGUCCAUUGCAAAUCGCUCAGCAGCGUCGAUACCACUCUCAGAGCUCAGGCUUCCUCAAAUGAAUCUACCCACUUUUAGUGGGGACUAUCUUGAAUGGCAAUCGUUCAGUGAUCUUUUCGAUAGUAUGGUACAUCAGAACGUAUCGCUCAAAGACAGUCAAAAGUUGUACUUCCUUAAAACAAACUUGGAUGGUGAGGCGGCCUCGUUAAUCUCGCACCUUAAAAUUGAAGAUGCUAAUUAUCAAACGGCAUUGGAAAAAUUGAAAUCGAGGUAUAACAAGCCACGCGAAAUUGCUAAUAAGCACAUAAAUCGGUUUCUUGCCCAACACAGCCUAACGUUAUCUUCAGCACAAGGUUUACGUACACUGCAUGACGUUUCGGAUGAAGUGAUUCGGGCGCUCAAAGCCAUGGGAAGGGAAGAUCGAGAUACUUGGCUUUUGUUCAUCCUCUGCGAAAAGGUAGAUCCAGAAACAAAACAACUGUGGUGCCAGAAAAUUGCCGAAAUGCCAGAUGUUGAUAUAACACUUCAAUGCUUCCUAAGCUUCAUUGAAUCGCGUAGUUCUGCUCUGCAAUCAAUGCAAUCUUCAAAAGCAAAAACAAGCAUACCACUCAAACAAUUUGCGAAACCCGCAACCAGAGGGGCAAGUACAUAUGUUGCCACUAAUGUUCCGUUUUGCGAACUAUGUUCGAAGCAACAUUUGCUGUACCAAUGUGGAACGUUUUUGCACAUGAAGCCUAAUGAUCGAUUAGCUUAUAUUAAUCGUUUGAAACUAUGUGAAAAUUGUUUAAAGUCGCAUACUGGGGAAAGCUGUAAAGCAGGUAUGUGCCGCAAAUGUAACUCACCUCAUCACACUUUGCUCCACUUUUCUACUUCAUUUGCAUCGAGCGAAAUGCAAGCAAAUCCAGUACAAACUUUGAUUUCUGCCAUUGAAGAGCCAUCCAGCAUCGAUGCAUCUAACGUCCUUCUUGCCACCGUCGCCAUCAAUGUUCUGGAUCAUCGGGGACGACCUUACGCUUGCCGUGCCGUUCUUGACAGUGCAUCUCAAGUGAACUUCAUCAGCACUAGUUUUUGCAACAAAUUAGGCCUCAAAGCCAACGUUACUAGCAUGGCCCUAGAAGGAAUAUCAUCGACACCAACUCGUUCCGAUAAGUAUACCGAAAUUGUUAUAUCGUCACGUUUCACAAAUUAUCGUACUGCCGUGGCCUGCCUGGUUCUAGAGAAAAUUACCAAUACACUUCCAUGCAAACCAGCUCCUAUCCACGAGUGGCCGAUUCCAGAAUCAUUACACCUUGCCGAUCCCCUAUUCCAUCUUCCCGGCAAAAUCGACGUACUGUUAGGCACUGAAUUAUUUUUCCAACUGCUUGAGCCUGGUAAAAUGAAUCUCAGUGCUGAUGAGAGCCUACCAAUACUACAGAACACUAAACUCGGUUGGAUAGUUGCGGGCCGUUAUAAAGAUCAAAAAUCGAUCUCAACGCACACGUCAACAUGCCUAAUCGUUUCAUCUGAGGACGAGUUAUCACGACGGCUUCGAAAAUUUUGGGAACUUGAACAGUAUAGUCCUCCAUCCAGCUAUCUCUCCGAAGAAGAACAGCUUUGUGAGCAACAUUUUGUUGAGCACACCACCCGAGACAAAUCGGGAAAAUUUGUUGUCAGGCUCCCUUUUUUGCUGGAUCCACAAAAGCUAGGUGAGUCUCGACAAAUAGCAGAGAGGCGACUCCACUAUAUCGAGCGAAAGCUUGACCGCAAUCCUGAACUCAAGGCUGAGUAUCAUGCGUUCAUGCGAGAGUACGUUGCGCUCGGACAUAUGUCUCUCGCUAUUGGUAAAAAUGCAGCAAACAAAUCUGUGUAUUUGCCUCAUCAUUGUGUUAUUAAAAGCACCAGCACUACCACCAAAUGUCGGGUGGUUUUUGAUGCAUCUUCUAAAACUACCAGUGGUCAAUCAUUAAAUGACAUUCUAAUGUGCGGACCUGUUAUUCAAGAUUCGCUAAUCAAUAUCCUGCUGCGGUUUCGCAUCCCCCCCAUCGUUCUCAUGGGUGACGCGAAGCAAAUGUACCGAAUGGUGUGGUUGAAUGAGCUUGAUCGGGAUUUUCUUAAAAUUUUAUGGAGGUGGAAAAGGGAUGAACCUAUUAUGGAAUACCGUCUAAAUACAGUGACAUUCGGUACCAAAAGCGCAUCCUAUUUGGCAACGAAAUGCGUUCAGCAAUUACUGGAGUCACACAGGCAACAGUUUCCGGUGGCAGUAGAAAAGGCUAUGAAAGGAAUAUACAUCGACGAUGUUCUUACUGGGGCAUCAACUGAAGAAGAAGCUAAGGAACUGAGAGAACAAUUGACGGAAAUUUUUGCUGCGGGUGGAUUUCAUCUUAGGAAAUGGGCCUCGAACAGUGCCGUCGUAUUGGAAGGAGUUCCGGAUACUGACCUCGAGGUGAAGAUUCCGAUUGAAGAGGACGAUAGCAGCAUUAUCAAGACCCUCGGAAUGCAAUGGCAGCCGUGCAGUGACGAGAUCCACUACGCUUAUCAUCGCAAUGAGAUCCUUCAGCCCACAAAACGCAGCAUAUUAUCACAAAUCGCUAGUUUGUACGAUCCACUAGGCCUAAUUGCUCCUGUGGUCGUUAAAGCAAAAAUUGUGAUGCAGCGGAUGUGGGAGCUGAAGGUGGACUGGGACUCUAUCCCCCCCGAUCCCACGAAGAGUAAUCAGCAUGCGAAAUUGGUCUCGUCUCUACCUGCACGGCUACUGCGACGCAUCCGAUGUGGCAAUGGGCGCUUGCAUCUACAUACGCGCUUUGGACGUCUAUGGAAAUUACUCUUCUCAUCUUCUGUGUGCCAAAUCUAA